AUGCUGCGGUGCUAUCCAUAUUGCUAUAUAGGCCAGGAACCCGGCCGUUGCGCUCCGAGGACUUCAAAAGACUUUCAGUGUUUGACCGUCAACGUCUUCAAAGCAAUCUACCGAUUCCAUGCUGUCCAUGCUGUUCCGCCUCUAGUUUGUGACGCGCUAAAUUCUGUAUGGGGAAUGAGCAGAUCCCAAAUCAGUAUGCGAAGCGCAGGGCCAACAAAACACAAUUUGUGUCGGUUGCUGCCGCACCACCCGAAGGAAGCACGAGGGCUGAAUUACUGCCAGCUUUCUCAAGCCUGGACAGGGAAGUCGAAAGGAAUAGGUCGGGUUCGAACCACGGACCUUCCGGUUGGUGUCCGAAAGCCAUUACCAGCAAACUCAGCUGCGCUGGUCACUGCCGUCUUCCUGGAUGGGGACCCCGAGACGGGCCACGUCAAUGGAUAG